AUUGGGUUGUGUUGCUUUUUGAUGUUGGGAGCCAUGUUGAAAAACAAACCCUAGUCAGAGAUUCUUUUGAAAAAAAUUCCGUUCUCAGAAGGGUCAUUGAAUGUCUCUAUUUUGGGGAGAUGGAUGCAUCAGUCCAUUGACCCAUUACUUAAAGGAAGCAUCCAGUUAUUUGUUUAAUUUCCUUAUUCCUGUUAAAAUGUGUAUGAGCGUAGAAAGCUGAGGUUUGAUCAAUGCACCCAUUGGUAAGGCAUCUCAUUUGAUUAAAAAAAUUCCACAGCAUUUGACCUUUUUGUUUUUUGAAGGCAGUUGGAGACUUUGACGUUAGACUUUGACUAUUUCCACAAAGGCAAUGAAUUUUGGCUAAAACCGUUAUCACAAUUAAGCUCAGAAUAUUGGCGUUUCACAGGCCUUGGUCUUCGGUCUAGAGGGAGGGAGAGGCCACAGAUGACUGCCUAGUGUGUGUGUGUGUGUGUGUGUGUGUGUGUAUUGGCAACAGUAGUCCACAACAUGGGCUCUCAUCUUGAAAAAGGAGAAGCCUCAGCUGUUUGCGGCAUCCAUUGAGAAAUGCUAAAGCCAACUUCCUCUAUCUGCCCUUCAUUCACUGUCACAUUACUGUAUUGGCUCCAUUCAUGUGGCCUUCUUCCUCUGUAAAGCAUAUGAAACUGAUUUGGACUUAAUCUAAUCAGGUUUUAUUGCCCCGCCAUUUUAGUAACUCAGGUUUAUUUUUUUUAUUUAACUAGGCAAGUCAGUUAAGAACAAAUUCUUAUUUAAAAUGACGGCCUACACCGGCCAAACCCGGACGACACUGGGCCAAUUGUGCGCCGCCCUAUGGGACUCCCAAUCACGGCCGGUUGUGAUACAGCCUGGAAUCGAACCAGGGUGUCUGUAGUGACCCCUUUAGCACUGAGAUGCAGUGCCUUAGACCGCUGCGCCACUCGGGAGUUGAGGUGUAAUGAAGUUGUUCUCAAGUGAUUCUCAGCUGUGCUGGUUACUGCAAUGAAUGGUGACACUAUCCAUCAGGCGACAACCACAGCUUCCGUUGCAGCACCGUGUGGCUGGAGGGAAUUCUGCGAGUUGCAUGCCAUAGCCACGGCCCGGAAACUAGCCAACCACUACCGUAACUUUGCCAGGGAGCGGCCAGAGCAUGAUGUCAUCCCACCGGACAGCUUCUCCAAGCAGUUCAGCGAGCUGUUCCAGCAGCACUUCCACAGCGAGGUGGCCGAAAAGAUCCCUGCAUCGGCCCCUUCGCCCAUGAUGGGCCAGCUCCACAUCACCUCCUCUGGGGUGCUGGACUACCGGGAGGCGGGCCAGCCUGGCGCCCCGGCCCUGUUCACCGUGCUGGACCCAAAGCCGAAGCACGUGGUGGUGGAGCAGCCCCUCCAGUGCUCAUCAGCCAGCCUGGGGGUGAGAGCUCGAGCUCCCGUCCGGAGCCACAGCCAGGAGGAGGUGUCUGUGUCGGAGCGGCGGCCUGUGUCUGAAUGGUACACCCCCACCUCACCCUCCUCCGCUGCUGCUGAUGUCACACACUUCUCUGUCAGCCAGAUUAGGCAGAGCGUGCGCUGUCUUCUUAAGGAGCCCCUGCCGCCACCUCAGGACCUGCUGUUGAGCGGGUCGGGGGACAGGGGAACAGGAGGGACACUGGACGAAGUGACGGCCUUAUCGUUGUCAGCGCUGACUGUGAACCCCUCCCCCGAGACCACUGCCUCUGCCUCGUCCAUGGCGGCCCACCUCCUAGACCGUCUGGCCAGCAGGUUUGGCAGUAGGCAGAGUGUGAAGCGCGGGCCACAGGCUGCGGGCAGCUGCAAAGAGGGGCAGCUGAGGUACCUGGUGGUUGACGACACUAUCUCGGACACGCAGCAUCGCUGGGAGCGCUGCCGCCUACUGGUGAGGAAGAUCAGAGACGGCCUAGCAGGAGAGAGGUUCCAGCUGGAGCUCUAUGACCCCCCCAAGGGCUCUUGUCCCAAACUGACAGUUCAUUGCGCAGACAUCCUGGAGAUCCGCCGCUGCAACCGCCUGGAGAUGCCCGACAACAUGAACACGUUUGUUUUAAAGGUUAAUCACUAUCCAGGUAGUCUCAUAUUUGAGACGGAAAGUAACCAGCAAGUCAGCUCCUGGACAACAGAAAUGAAAGAAUGUAUCAACAGGUCUGGCAGUGUGGAUUUGGAGCUCCUAACCUACCCUGUGGACAAUGCUGCGAUGGCCAACCGGAGAGGGAACUCCGAGUCAGGGAGUCAGGGAUCUGCGACCUUUGCCCCCUCGGAGCAGGUGUACCAUAAGACUGACCACUUCCUGUGUUCAUACCCCUGGUUCCACGGGCCCAUCUCGCGGGUCAAGGCGGCCCACCUGGUCCAGAACUUGGGCCUGGAGGGCCACGGAGUGUUCCUAGUGAGGCAGAGUGAGACUCGCCGCGGAGACUACGUCCUCACCUUCAACUACCAGAGCAAGGCCAAGCACCUGCGUCUGUCUCUAACAGAGUGGGGUCAGUGUAGGGUGCAGCACCUGCGCUUCCCAUCCGUCAUGGACAUGCUCAGUCACUUUCGCCUCUACCCCAUACCCCUGGAGUGUGGCGCUGCCUGUGACGUCACCCUCUCAAGCUUCGUGGUGGCCAACUCCCAAGGUCAGAUUUCAGCGGCUGUUCUGGUUCCCUUCUCCCUGAACUGCUGGAGCUCCGAGCCCAGCUUGGCCCACUGCAGCCCAGCCACCUGCCCCAGCCUGCUCCCCUCAGCAGGCCCCUCUCCAGGCCCCCUGCCCCAGCCCGGACACCCUCAUCUAUACACCGCACCCCUCCCAGACCUCCCCACCUCGGGUCCCCUGCGUCGGAGUGAGUCGGUGGGCCGCAGACCCCUACUGCGUCACCCCAACCCCCACCCACCCUUUACUCAGCGAGACUCCGACUACGAACUGGAGCCAGACAGGGGCCGCAAGCGGGCCAUCGACAACCAGUACAUGUUCCUCUGACCGGCCGACUCCCUUUCUCCCUGUCACAGCCGGCCCAGAGGUCACCGCAAAACUCCAAGCAAGUGCCAGAUGGACUCAUGAGUGAACGUGUAUGCCCAAGUUGAGGUCUGUUUCGUGGUGGGGGUGACAGAGUUCAUUAUGAAUGUAUUUUUAGGAAAGUGUUUAAUAUUGUUAUUUGAUAUGAUUAUUCUCAUUUUAUGAAGCGGAUGUCGUUUAAAGGGAUGUUGCUACAUGGGAGUGAGUGGCGCUGAUGUGGAAGGUCUUCCCUCAGGCAGGGGAGGGGGGCACCCUCACUGCCUCUCCCUCCCCCUUUAAUAGGGGUCUGUUUAAGGGCCCUGAAGCGUUAGGCAACACUCCCUCCCCUCCACACACACUCCAUUUUAUAGUGUAUUCUAAUGAUACCCUGUGUAUUUGAAAUGCACACAUUCUGUACACAGUGUACUUUUAAAACUGUGUAUUUUAAUUCGCUGACUAUUUUUGUUGGAAAAUCGAAGGUGUUGAAAAAGGAACCCAACAAACUGUGUGGAGACUUCCACGUAGGUUUGGUCCAGUCUCACUGUUGGGGUAUGUAUUGACGUUAAACCUCCCGAGACGGGACUGAACAAGGGAGUUAACCCCAUAAAGAAAGAGGUCGGGAGGGGACACACCCUAUUCCAGAGUCCCUGUUCCCCUCCACAGCCUCGACUCUCAAGCCCUGUGCACAACUCUUGUAUAACACAUUUCACACAAUGUUCGUGAUACAACAGUUUGUCUGCCCAAAAAUGUUUACACAACCAUUGUGUAAAACUCUGUUGUAUCACAAGCAUUGUACCUGUAUUGUACAACUUGAAUGUGUAUGGGGCAAAUAUUAGCAUGUUAAUUUCCUGUUAGCAUUAAACAGAAGAGUCCUUACCUUCAUAGCAUUAACUUCUUUCAUCUUAACAUUGUUCUCUCCAUUGCUACGACUCAAGGACAAAGCUGGACCUUCCUGAAGGCAUUUGUUUUUUGCUAGUUAAAUGUUUCCAAAUGCUACAUUUGAAUGUUUGGCUUCUUAAUCAGUGAGCUCUUGAAAGAGACACAUUUCACCAAAGAAAAUGUGAGGAAAAGACUGCACUCCCUUGCUUUUACUAAGAACCCUUGUGUGCAUGGCCCCUUAACACAUUUUAUGUAAGCAACCGUCUGGUGUAAAAAAAAAAUUGUUUAUUAAUUAAACGUUCUUCUUUAACAUACCAGUACCCGUCACUUUUCUGUAUGUACAUCUUCUUUCCCUUGCCUAACACUAACAGUGAAACCUUAAUCAGGAGUUGUGCAGCUUACCCUCUAGAUGUCCUACAGUAUUUAUGGUCAUGUUUAUUUCUUAACAUAGAAGGGCUUUCUGUUUUUAAGAAAUGCAAAGGCAGGUUGAUUUCCUUUUUAAAUGAUCAGGACAUCAACUUGCCAUGAAAGGAGAUGUCUUUUCAUUGCAUGACCCAACUGAAAAUCUAUCAAUGGUUUUUAAUCAGAUACCUUUCAAUAUCGAAACUGACAUUGUCAAAUGUUUAGGUGGGGAAAAAAGGUUAGACAAUUGCAGACAAGUAUGGUUUGUUUCCUGUGCUUAAAUUGAAACUAAUCCCAAACCAACGUGUUCUGCAAAAGGAAAGCAACGGUAUCAUUGACUUAUCAGUCCCUUUGACCUGUAGCCAGAAAGACUGCCUUGCCUGAAAACUGCUGUUGCUUUACCCCUUUGAAUCUCAGGGCGUGAUGUGUUUGAACUUAGUGCAAUAACUGAGAUAUUUCCAAUAAUUUAGCCUAUGGCACAUUGAACGCUUUAUAUUAUAGCUUAACCUAUACAUUGUCUUUGCACUCAAUCAUAUUGGCAAAACACAAAUCACACCAAGAGUUCUGGCAAGCUUAGUGCAUUCCACUACUGUAGACUGGUGUUGCUCACUCUUCAACACCUGUCUGUCUGCACAUAUCAGGUUAGUUUUAUACUCCAAAUGGCCCCAAUGUACCUCAGGCCUAUGUAUUAGAACAUUUGCUUACAUGCAUUUAUUUUGCCCGGUCAGUCAAGCCUUGUGACAUUGUUCAAGUUCAACUGAUUUAAUGUCUUCUCAAUACUGUUGAUGUAUCUGUUAUGUAUUAGCACUAAACAUACCAUUCUCCCCAAGCUAAUUAAACCACACCAAAGCUUCUGUCAAUCUUUGAUCAAUUGUUACAUUACCCUCAGUUAAGCAUUCUAAAUUAUAUCUCAACUGUAUAUUUGACUUUUUGUAAUAUAAAGCUAACCAAAAAAUGUACCUACAA